AUGGUAGCAGGUCAGCAGCAGCUCCAAGCAUUUUCGUUAUCAACUAGGAAUCCAAUUGCAGAUAAGAAGCACAAUCGGUCGAUAUCAGAUCUUAGUGAUCCUUCAACCCCCCGACAUUUUGAGGACUUGCGUAAGAACGCCCUCCUCUAUACUCACGUCAUUUCUUUUACUCUCUUUGAGCUGGAGACCAUCACCAAGAGCUUCCGUUCUGAUUACAUUCUUGGAGAGGGCGGUUUUGGUACUGUUUACAAAGGUUACAUUGAUGAGAAUGUUAGGGUUGGACUCAAAUCUCUCCCGGUUGCUGUCAAGGUGCUCAAUAAGGAAGGUCUUCAAGGUCACCGCGAGUGGCUGACAGAGGUCAAUUUCCUUGGACAGCUCCGACAUCCUAAUUUAGUUAAGUUGAUUGGAUAUUGCUGUGAGGACGAUCACAGGUUACUUGUCUAUGAGUUCAUGUUCCGAGGAAGCCUUGAGAAUCAUCUUUUUCGAACAACUGUUCCAUUAUCUUGGUCAAGAAGGAUGAUGAUCGCUCUUGGGGCAGCUAAAGGGCUAGCUUUCCUUCAUAAUGCUGAAAGGCCAGUUAUUUACCGUGACUUCAAAACAUCUAAUAUUCUGCUGGACUCAGAUUAUAUGGCCAAGCUCUCUGAUUUUGGGCUUGCAAAAGCAGGGCCACAAGGUGAUGAGACCCAUGUAUCCACUCGAGUGAUGGGUACCUAUGGAUAUGCUGCCCCUGAAUAUGUAAUGACUGGGCACCUUACUGCCAGGAGUGAUGUGUACAGCUUUGGCGUAGUUCUUCUGGAGCUUUUGACCGGCAGAAAAUCUGUGGACAAGACGAGGCCAAGCAAGGAACAAAGUCUGGUCGACUGGGCAAGGCCAAAGCUAAAUGAUAAGAGAAAAAUGCUGCAGAUAAUAGACCCACGGUUAGAUAAUCAGUACUCAGUAAGGGCAGCUCAGAAAGCUUGCAGCUUAGCAUAUUACUGUCUAAGCCAAAACCCGAAAGCUCGACCCUUGAUGAGUGAUGUCGUUGAAACCUUGGAGCCCUUACAAUGCAGUGGUGGAAAUGAAGUAGCAAUGACAUCAUCAUCGACAUCAUCAUCAUCAUCUACUUCCACUCUUCUGUGUAGUGGUGGAGGCAACAACCCAUUUAAAAUGUCGACAAAUUAUAAUCGCACUGCUGUCAGAACUGUCUGUCGAUCGUCUAAUCCAAAUUGCUCCCCUGCAGCAGCAGCUUGUCGGGUUAGAUGA